UGCCUUUCACUUUCAGUGUGCCAGAAAUUAACUUUAUACGCUGUUCCAUAUUUCAGAAGUGAACUGUUCCGAUCGAAUGUUCUGUUACCCUUUUUCUGGGGUCCAUGACGUCACCAUAGUUGUUUGGGAGAAGAAAAGGCACAAGCAAUAGAGCCGUCAAAAAUAAAUCGUCUUGUCUGCGAUUUUAUGAUUAAAAUUACCCAUUUCACGUUCUGAAGUAGCCAUGUCUACCCCGGCUAGAAGACGACUCAUGAGAGACUUCAAAAGGCUUCAAGAAGACCCUCCUGCUGGCGUGAGUGGAGCACCAUCUGAAAAUAACAUUAUGCUUUGGAAUGCAGUCAUAUUCGGACCUGAGGGCACCCCAUUUGAAGAUGGAACUUUUAAGCUUGUGAUCGAGUUUUCCGAAGAGUACCCAAACAAGCCACCGACAGUGCGAUUCAUCUCAAAAAUGUUCCACCCAAAUGUUUAUGCAGAUGGUAGUAUAUGUUUAGACAUCCUUCAGAAUCGAUGGAGCCCAACAUACGACGUCUCAUCCAUUCUAACAUCCAUCCAGUCCCUGCUGGAUGAACCGAACCCUAACAGCCCGGCCAACAGCCAGGCGGCCCAGCUGUACCAGGAGAACAAGAGGGAGUACGAGAAGAGGGUGUCAGCCAUCGUGGAGCAGAGCUGGAAGGACUCCUAACAGCGGAGCACCAUCCUCCCCCCCUUGCUCCUCCCACAGUUUAAAUCCAGUCUUUCAUUUACCUCAUCAAAAAAAAAAAAAACAAAAAAAAAACCCAAGGCAACAACAGAACAACUUUUAAGUGCCACAAGGAAAAGAAGAGUAGGGACUUUUACUUGCCAACACAUUAAAAAAAAGCAACCUUUGAGGUUUGUGUUAUUAUUGUUCAUUUUUUAUUGCAUGAUGUGAAAUAAGUUAUUGCUAACAGAACUGUAAUAUAUCUCUUUGUGUUGGGUUGAUGUUACUCUUCAGCUUCUACACAGACUUAUUUUUAAAUGUUUUUUUUUUUUCUUGGUUUGAACAGCAUUUGUUGUAGUGUCUUACUGGUGCAGUGUCAGAAAUUUUUUUAAGAAUUGCUACUUCAUGAAAUUUUAAAUUCUGCAAUAUCACUCUUGUAUGAAAGAUGUAUUUUUGGACAGCCAUGAAUCCAAGCAGUUUGACUGGUAUUGCUCGUGAUUGUAAUUUUGGAAUAACUUUUCCAUUAUUAUUAAAACUAGUGUAUA